CUGCCCACCCAAGGAUCGACUGAGGCAUCGCCUACUAAAACACCUGCGGCCCACGAUGACCGACUCUCCCCUACCGCGGAUUCCGCUGGAUCCGAAGGAGCAGCCUAUUCUCGACAGACUGCAGGCCAUACGGACCGAGCUCGAGUUGCUGAAGCGCGAUCGGUCAACGUAUGUCAAGAGCCAAGAUGUCCUGAAGCUUUACGACCAGGUUAUCGAGCAGGUCAUAGUUCUCAACGAGAUACGCGAAGCAAAGCGUCUCGAGCAGAACAAGGUUGACUAUAUGCUUGAUGAUUGUUUUCAGCUUAUCUCGCUUGCAUAUCUGACGGUUGGGAAGAACCACGAGCCACCUGCAGUGUACUCAUACAUCUCAACAGUCAAACGCCUCUUGGAUCACCUCAAGGAAGCCACUUUCUACUCACAGAAGGAUCUCGAGGCGCUUGACAAGAACCUAGAAGAUUGCCGGAAAUAUGUCGAACAAGGUCGAGAACGCUACAGCCCCCACCUCCUUACUCUUCUUGAUGCCCGUAUCAAGGUUUGCGAGGAGACGCUAGCAGAACUGAAACUCAAUCUAUCUGAGCUCACUCCCGAGCUGAUACCGAAAUGGGAGAAGCUCGUAUCGAUACUGAGAUCGACUUGUGGAUGCAAUGCACGAUCGAAAUUUCCCCAUGAUGAAAUCGAGGAGUACCUGCAGGAGUUGAUUAAGAUAAAAGAUGAACUGAAAGAAUAUGGCAUCCAUGCAUACGAGACCACUGGCUCGACGGAAGAGAAGCUAGCUGAAAUGGUUGACAAGAUGCAAUUGGCCCAAGACAAUCCCGAACCAGCACCGGGCGCUGAGACUCUCAUUGGCACCCUUUUACGGCGAAAUUUGCUCUGGAUUGCUCUAAUCCAGCAAAAGCAAGGGCGUAUAGCACCUGCUUUCAAGGACACCUACGAUAAGCUCCUCGGCAUCCGAAACAAGCUUGAAAAGCUCACUCUUACGCAAGCUUGGUCCCUCCGUGAGACGGAUCUAUGGGACUUUCAGCGCCAACUGGAUCGCAUAGACGAGGCGCGAGUUGAUGGCAACUUCAUUGAUCCAGUGGGACGACCAGCCGAAAUCUACGAGCAAAGAACACUACUGUACCUCCUGCGCAAAAGUUAUUCGCUCAUCUACCAGCUGCUCUUAACAUCAGAGCCGGUUUCUGAAGCGUUGUUGCCAAUCUACAACCAACUUACUACUCUUCGGAAAUGCCUUCUUGAAGUAAAGAAGCUGGGUGGCGUGUCUUCGCCAAGAGAAUUGUAUCCAUACAGCAUGAAGUUAAACUCCAUCGACAACAUGCGAGUAGAUGGAAAGUUCAUGGUCGGCGAUGAGAUACCAGACGGCCAAGGCCGUGUCAUACAGCUUCUGGAAGAGUGUUUUGACCUAUCGUAUGACCUGAGGAAUGAAGCCGAAGAAGACAGCUCCGCGGACGCGACACCAUCGAGCGAAAAACCCGAAACACUCACUACUUGAUUACUAUUCUCUUCGUUACGCAUGUCGGCCAAGGCCACAAGCUUCCAUGUAGCUAUCGGCCGCACCUCGGUAUGACUACCCGGUCUAUGAGGUAUUUUCGUAUUGGAGCCAGUCUUUCGUUUGGCGCCUGUACGUCUAGUACUUUUAAUAUGGCUCAAUCAUCCUUAACAGUUCAAUUUCCUCAUCGGGUGGCGUUGGAGGCACACCAUCGGCAUCCUUGAAGGUUAGAUGGCUCCCGUACGAUAUACCUUUGCGUAUUAGCAUGUUCUGAUUUUCAAUGAGCUUUUUCUUGUUUGUCUCGUACAGAGUUCUUCCCCCGCAUG